CAAUUCAGUCGGUUUAACCCCGUUGUGGGGAGUACACAACUGUGGCCAGUUAAUUUCUAAUUCACUUCAAAAGCAAUUCAGUCGGGUUAACCCGUUGUGGGAAGUACCCGUUGUGGGGGUAGCUCUAUUAUCUAGUCCAUACUGCAGAUCGGUUUGGCGCAGAUAA